UAGGAGUCUAUGUUUCCUAUCAUAUAAGAACCGUGGCUUAGAGAGAGAAAGCAUUCCAUUCCCAUGCCACUUUCUCUCACAAUCACUCACUUUCUCUCUCUUCGAUCCUUGUUUUUCAUAAAUUCUUAACGACCCUCCUCAUGCUGCAUUCUUAGUUAUAUGUUCUUCCUCACCCAAACACUAUAACACAUCAACUAUGUGUAUAUUUCUCUUCCUUUGUUUCUCAUGGAUUUUUCUAUUUACAGUCAAAGUCUUUUGAACUUUCUCUCUACAUGAAUGCUAGUUGCAUGGUUCCGCCAUUGAUGCUUUGACAAGCUCUGUUCCAGCAAUGGCUCUGCAUGCUUCACAGUGCAUUAAUGCCUGACCCCAACCUCAUUGCUUUGUAAUAGUCGCAUGUGUUUUAGUUGAUCAUUUGGGUCUUAAACGUUAUUCAGCUUCUUUCUCUUGCUUGAGAGUUGGCUUCUCGACGAUGUUUUGUUUCUCUCUCUUCUUUGUGUCUUGUUGGGUUUGUCUCUUUCCUGAAUUUCGUUAGCUGGGUUCCUCUGUUUCAGUUGUUAUUCUCUGUUCUUGGGUUUUUUCGGGCUUCAUCUGCUUUUUCCUGUAUCAUAGAGUGAGAAAGUUAUUGGCUUUUAAGUUCUCAUGGGGCCAACGAGAGGGGGGCUCAAGCGGAGGAGGAGAACUGCAAUCGAGGGCAAUGGAGUUGCAGCUUCUGAUCAAGAACCUGGUGAUUGGUGGAAUGAAUUCUCAAAGAGAAUCACAAGGCCGUCAUCUCUACCAAAUGGACAAGACAAGUUUGAGACCAUCUUCAAGGUUUCAAGAAAGACUUUCAACUACAUUUGUUCUCUUGUGAAGGAUGACCUCGCUAAAGGCUCCUCUCUUACUAGCACAGAUGGAAAGGUUCUCUCACCAGAAGAUCAAGUGGCCAUUGCUUUGAGAAGAUUAAGUUCAGGUGACUCCCUACAUAUCGUGGGGGAAUUCUGUGGUGUUAACCACUCAACAGUUUCUAUAAUUACUUGGCGAUUUGUGGAAUCCAUGGAAGAGAGAGCAAUCCACCAUCUCAAAUGGCCCGAUAACAAAGAAAUGGAGGGCAUAAAAUCAAAAUUUGAAAGAAUCAGAGGACUUCCAAAUUGUUGUGGGGCAAUUGAUACAACCCACAUUGUAUUGAGCCUGCCCUCUGUUGAGGCCUCAAAGUUGUGGUGUGACCAUGAGAACAAAUAUUCCAUGGUUUUGCAGGCCAUCGUGGACCCUGAUAUGAGGUUCAGAGACAUUGUCACUGGUUGGCCAGGAAGCAUGAAUGACUUUCUCACUCUAAAGACCUCUCGCUUCUUCAAGCUUUGUGAGAAGGGGAAGAGGCUUAAUGGAAAAAAGGUGGAGCUCUCUGAGGGGUUUGAAGUGAGAGAAUACAUACUUGGGGACAUGGGUUUUCCUUUACUCCCUUGGCUUGUGACCCCAUAUCAAGGGAAAGAUGUUUCGGGCUGCAGAGUUGAAUUUAAUAGGCGCCAUUUUGCCACUAGAGUUGUAGCUCAGAGAGCAUUAGCGAGGCUCAAGGAUAUGUGGAAGAUUGUCCAAAAGGUUAUGUGGAGGCCAGAUAAGCAUAAGCUUCCUAGGAUUAUACUUGUUUGCUGCUUGCUUCACAAUAUAAUCAUUGAUAGGGGAGAUGAGGUUCAGGAUGAGAUGCCUCUCUCUCAUCAGCAUGACUCAGGGUACAGGCAGCAGAUGUGUCAAGCUGUGGACAAGAAUGGUUUGGUUAUGAGAGAGAAGCUUUCUCAGUAUCUUUCUGAUAGAUUGCCCCCUUGAACAUUUUUAUGUUUAAUAUGGUCGUUGAUAGUAGGGCUAUGGAAUUCAUUAGAAAGAUGGAUUGUUGGGUUGGUUUUUCUGUGAUUUAUCCAUGAUGCUUCUCCUACAACCGGUGCUUCAAAGAGUGUAUAGAAUUCGUUCGGGGCCUUUUCUUUUGCUGGACAGAGUUCCAUAAGGAAGGUAACGGAUGCAGGGUUAUUCUCAUGUCACAGAGUUCAAUAUCUGUCAUCUGAGAAGUCGUUGUUAGUACUUUCUUUCUGUUCCUAUACAAAAAACACUUUACUGAAGUUGGCAUGUCGAGUACUUUGUAUGCACAGCUUUAUACUUUUACCCAUCUUCAUGUCCUAUGUGAGAGAGAGAGAGAGAGAGAGAGAGAGAGCAUGUUCAUGGCUGCGACAUGAGAGCAAAUACAAUGACCUUAUGGUUCUUCCUGUUUAGAGAGUGAGCUCCUGAGGAUUU